UCGGAAAAGGUGAUGAUGAGCAACGAAGAAGAGAAGAGGUGCCCGCUUUGUGCAGAGGAGAUGGACUGGACGGAUCAGCAGUUCAAGCCUUGCAAAUGCGGUUACCAAGUUUGUGUUUGGUGUUGGCAUCAUAUAAUAGACAUGGCAGAGAAAGAUGGGACGGAGGGCAGAUGUCCUGCAUGUCGAGCAAUCUAUGAAAAGGAUAAAGUUGUGGCAAUGCAAGCAAAUUGUGAAAGUAGGACUUCAAAGAAAAGUUCUAAUAGGAAAACCAAACCCCCGAAGGCCAAGCCCAAGACUGAUGAAGUAAAGAAGGAUCUUUCAAAUGUUAGAGUGAUUCAGCGAAAAAUGGCAUAUGUGAUUGGGCUACCUCUUACUCUAGCUGAUGAAGAUUUAUUACUCCGGAAGGAGUAUUUUGGUCAGUAUGGAAAAGUGACCAAGGUCUCUCUCUCACGGACAGCUGGUGGAGCCAUUCAACAGUUCAUUAAUGACACUUGCAGCGUAUACAUAACAUAUUCAAAAGAGGAGGAGGCCUUACGAUGUAUACAAUCAGUGCAUGGUUUUGUCCUGGAAGAUAGGUUUUUGAGAGCAUCAUUUGGAACUGCAAAAUAUUGCCAUGCUUGGCUGAAAAAUAUGCCGUGCAACAAUCCUGCUUGUUUAUAUCUACAUAGCAUUGGGUCUGAUGAAGAUAGUUUCGGAAAAGAUGAGGUUGCUGCAGUACACACAAGGAGUAGAGUUCAACAAAUUGUUGGUGCUGCAAACAAUGUGGUAAAGCGAUCUGGCAAUGUUUUGCCACCUGCUGCUGAUUAUAUCUAUAGUAGUACCUGUCCUUUUAGUGACAAAUCUACCGAAGCAAGUGAUACAAGUGUCACAUUGGAUGCAACUCAUGGUUCUGUAAACAACGGCAGCGACAUAACUGGCACAGUUCCUCCUAAAGAGAACGAAGGAGGUAUUGCAGUACCCCACAAAGUGACAACUUUUGUAGAUGUUGGAGGGUCUCAUUCUUCUGUUAUUGAAGAUAGGUGGCUUUCAGACCUAUCUUCUCAAUUAUCGUCAGGAACAAGUAAUGCAGAUUUACAAGCCGUGGAGCCAGAUUCUGUCAGUACCAUGGUUAAAGUUUCAUCGUCUAAUUGCAUAGGAAGUGGAUUAAUUAAAAGUAUCCCAGAUGAAUCACUCAGAGAACAGAUAUUAUCAUUUGAUAAUCAUGGGUCAAAGGACACCUGUGGUUUGAGUCAAAGCACUUGUUUUCAUCAUCCAUAUUAUCCUGCAAAUAUUUCUGAGGAUCCUGGUGGUCCCACAUUAUUGCACAAGAAGACUCAUAGUCUAAAUGAUUUUAGGAUGGAUCACAAUCUAGUACAAAAUCAUGAGGAUGAGGCUUCCUCACCUAUUAGGUUUGUGAAUUGCCUAUCAAAUGAUUCAUGCAGGGAUAUGAAGUUUCAAAAUUCCACUAAAUCUGAUAGAAUAUGUAGGAGUUCCAACUCUUUUUCUGAUGAAGAAAUAGUUGAACAUUUACGAAGAAUAGAUGACAACAACUUGACCAAUAGCGGAGAAAAUUCUACCUACGAUGCCGUGGAGAGCAGUAUAAUUUCUAAUAUCCUGUCAAUAGACUUUGAUUCAUGUGAAGAUUCUUUGCCAUUACCUAAUGGUUUGCCCGAGUUGCUUGGUGAAACUGACUCUUCCUGGAAGUCCCUGACUGGUGACCAAGCAAGGUAUUCAGUUGGGAAACAAGAGGCUUUUGCAAGUUACAGGGGUUCUAUGCUUCCUCAUUAUGGUCAUAACAAGGAGCAGUACUUGUGUAAGCCUCAAUACCCAGUAACUAGAGCUCAAUGUUUGGGCCCACCUGGUUUUUCAGUGCCUUCAAGAGAUCCACCUCCUGGUUUUUCUACAUGUGACAGAACUGACUGCUUAGCCCGUCCCUCAUCAGCAGGUAGUUGCUUGGUUAAUGCUUCAUCUUCACCCAAAACUUUGCUUCGACCUCCUUCAACAGGAUUUGGCCGCAGCUUUGGUGCCGUUGACAUCUUAGACCCUGCCAUAUUAAGUUGUGUUAAAGGUAAACUGACAAACAGGUUAAAAAGCCCAGGCUUUGAUAGGAGGCAAGCUGGCACUGGGCGACUAAGCACAUUUGAGGAUGAAUCCAGACUUUGGCCUUUGAUGAAACAAUCAACAUCUGCAUGCCAAGACUCGAAAUUUUCUCAUGUGUUUGUGCAACAGACUCCAUCUGUUCAACAGGAACCAAGUUAUACUAGUCAUAUGGAGAAGAAUUGCUUCUCUGGCCUAGAUGAUAUAUACGGUCUACCUUCAAGACUGGUUGAUCAAGUGCAAGACUAUGAUGCGUGCUGCUUGGCACAAAUGUCACAGCUGAAAUCUUCAAAUGGAUGCAUUUCCAAUACCAAUUGCUACUGGCAGAGUUUAGAUGAGGUUCAACAUAGAGGUGAAAUGUGCAUGAGGGAUCCUCAAAGAAAUGAGAGAUUUGGAGUCAACAACUAUUUUCCUGGUUAUGGGGAUUUAAUGUUCAGUUCAGGUGAUAUAUACACCAAGGUAUUUGGGUUGUAAUUAUCAUGAGUAUGGUUAUGAAACUCUCCUUUGUAUAACUCAUUGCCUAUGUAGUUUGAGGAUGAGAUUGAAGGUCGUUCCUAUCUAACCAAUGGACCUCUAGGUUGUCAUUUAUAAAUUUGCCCUCAAUCUCUCUCUACACAUGUACGCAUAAGUGAUAAGUGUCGCACGCGACUUGAUGUGCAUAAAAAACAUUGGUUAAGUACAUUUUGCAGAGUC